CUCUCUCUCUCUCGCUCAAAACAUGUCCACUAACAAGAGAAGGUUCGUCCUUAGCAAAGUCUCAGUGAAGCUCGGGUGCACCAGCAGCUGCAUGAGACCAAAGCUAUCCAACAUUUUCAACCCAAACCCCAAGCCCAAGCCCAAGCCGCCACAGACGCACCACCACCACCGAAUCAACCACCACUACUCCUCCUCUUCAACCUCAUCAUCUCGAAACACCACCACCACACUCUCUCCAACCACACCCACGCCGCCCCCACGUUACUACGACAACUGGGACACCACCGAGAAGUACACGAGUCCGAGAAGUGUUGGUGCGUUCGGGCGCGUAGGUGGGGAGAACGUGGCAGUGGAGAAGGACUCGGAUGACCCGUACUUGGAUUUUCGACGUUCAAUGCUUCAGAUGAUAGUGGAGAACGAAAUAUACUCCAAACAAGAUCUCAGGGAACUUCUCAACUGCUUUUUGCAGCUAAACGCACCGUAUCAUCACGGGAUUAUCGUUGAAGCCUUCCGUGAGAUCUGGAACGGAGUGUUCUCGCAGAAGCUGCGUACUGGAUUCGUCUCACGUGACUUCUAGGCCUAUCACGUGGUAUAUUUAUGCAGCCGCAGCCUAACAAUUAUAUAUUGGGUAAAAUAAUCUAGUGUACGUGUACAAAGAAGCAGUACGUUAUGUAUUUUUGUUUAUUAAAUCUUUGUUUUGGGGAUUGAAAGUCAAAAUCCGAGGGCAGGCCAGAGAAGGCUCCUCCUCCUCCCAUUAGGGAGGGAGGGAGAGGGCCACAAUGUCAGUCAGCCAUUAGUGGUGUUUAAUGCAAAAUAUUAUUAAUAAAUCAGUACAAUAUUUUUGUAAUUGUAUUUUGUGGACCCAC